GAUAACGACGAACAGGUACAGAACUACAUAUGGUUUUUAGAGAGAGAAAGAACCAUACAAUUUUAGAGCGAGAAAAAGUAACAACAACAGGGAGAAAGGGUUUUCUUCUGAUACUCAUCUCCCCAACAAGAUUCCUCUGCAUUUGUUAGCUCUCCAAUUGCUUCUUCUGCUAUUCGUAUCUUCUUCAUUUCAUUAUACAGAAACAGAGUAUUCUAAAUCAAGAAGAUGACUCUGUUUUUUUCACUGAAAACCAUGAUAAUUUGAGACCCAUUUCCAUGUUUGAUGAUUGUAUGUAUACAAUUUCACCAUUAACCCACAGCUUCAUCUGAAUCAUGUCUGCUGAUUUCAGUUCCCCUGUUCAGACCCAAAUGGCCGUACCCCUGUUUCAAACUCCAUUAGAGGUGAACCCGAACCCGAAACCGAAACCGACGGGUAGGAGACGAGUAUUUGUUCAAACCGAAUGGGGUUUUGUGUUAGGAAUGGAUCUCGAUCGGAUCGAUAAUGCUCAUACGGUUAAACGACGGUUACAAAUCGCGUUAAACGUCCCGAUCGACGAAAGUUCGUUGACGUUCGGCGAUACGGUUUUAAACCACGAUCUUAGCGCGAUUCGUAACGAUUCGCCGCUUCUUUUGACGCGAAAUGUUUUACAUCGGAGCGCUUCGACCCCUUGCUUAUCUCCCACUGGUCGGGAGAUACAGCAUAGGGAUCGAAGUGGCCCGGUUGAAAUACUGGGCCACUCAAGCUGUUUUGUCAGAACAAAACAGCUCGUUGACGAGGUUGUUAAAGGGAUGAUGAGUGGGGUUGACCCGAGCCCGGCCCAUGGCGGGCUCGGGGGUGGUUAUUAUUUUAAAAAUAUUAAAGGUGAGAAUGUGGCUAUAGUGAAGCCCACUGAUGAAGAGCCGUUUGCGCCGAAUAACCCGAAAGGGUUUGUCGGUAAGGCUCUUGGUCAACCCGGGCUGAAACGUUCGGUCCGGGUUGGUGAAACGGGUUACCGAGAGGUGGUGGCUUACCUUCUUGAUUAUGAUCACUUUGCUAAUGUACCUCCCACUGCAUUGGUCAAGAUCACACAUUCAGUUUUCAAUGUUAACAACAAGAUUCAAAGAAAGAAGAAACUUAUUAGCAAGAUUGCUUCAUUCCAGCAGUUUGUUCAUCAUGAUUUUGACGCUAGUGAUCACGGAACCUCGAGUUUCCCGGUGUCUGCGGUUCAUCGAAUCGGGAUAUUAGAUGUGAGAAUCUUCAACACGGAUCGACACGCGGGGAAUUUGCUAGUAAGAAAGGUUAAGAAUGAUGAUGGUAAUAGAUUCGGUGAAGUCGAGCUCAUACCGAUUGAUCACGGGCUUUGUUUGCCCGAAAACUUAGAAGACCCGUAUUUCGAAUGGAUCCAUUGGCCCCAAGCUUCGAUCCCGUUUUCAGACGAUGAGCUCGAGUACAUUGAAAAACUCGACCCGUAUCUCGACUCGGAGAUGUUAAAAACCGAGCUACCGAUGAUACGCGAGGCUAGUUUACGGGUUUUGAUUCUCUGCACGGUUUUCUUGAAAGAGGCCGCGUCGUACGGGUUGUGUUUAGCUGAGAUCGGCGAGAUGAUGAGUCGGGAAUUUAAGCGCGGCGAGGAGGAACCGAGUGAGCUUGAGGUGUUGUGUAUGGAUGCUAGGAGGCUUGUAGCCGAAAAGGAGGCUGAAAUGACGGUUUUACCCCCGAAGGCAGAAGCCGAAGAAGACGGGUUCCAGUUUGAUAUCGACUACGAUGAUAAGUUGCCGAAUGACAGCUUUGUGUUCGGAUUCGGGCGAAACCCGCUUUCUAGACUUGAAGAGGAAUAUGAAGAAAGUGAAGAGGAAAUAGAAGAUGAUGUACUUUCUAAAUUGUUAAUGAACAAGUGUGGUUUUGGUGGGGACAAUGGUAAACCGAAGACGGGAAACAGCGGUUGUGUCGGGGCGAAUUCGUCGUCGGGGUACAGGAGCGCGAACGAGCCACUGCCGGCGGGUGCGUGUUUCGUGAAGUUGGGUGACAUGAACGAGGAGCAAUGGGGUAUGUUUUUAGAGAGUUUUGAAGAUCUUGUUGUUAAGGCUUUUUGCAAAAGGAAGACUAUUGCAAUGGGGCAGAAGCCAAGGCAGAGGCUGGGGACUUCUUGCCAAUUUUGACUUUUGAAUAUGUUGACUGGUUGACUUGUGAGAGUCUGGGUCCAUGGGUAAAUAGGUGGUAAAUCGGGUCGGGCUUUAGUUGUUUGUAUGGCUUAUGUGUUAGGUUGUUGGUGACUUUUGUUUAUAAAUAAUAGAGUAAUUUAGUCCA